AUGGUCUUCAAGCUCUACUAUUUCCCCGGCCGCGGCUUCGCCGAGCCCACCAGGAUGAUGUUCAAGCUGGCUGAUGAGGCUUUUGAAGACGUGCGCAUCGAUCAAACCCAGUGGCCCAACCAUAAAGCUUCAAUGCCGUUCGGCAAGAUGCCUGUGCUCGAGGUGGACGGUGAGAAGAUCCCGGAAUCGUCGGCCAUCGCCCGAUUCGUUGCCCGCAAAUUUGGCUUCGGCGGUCAGACCCCGGUUCAAAUGGCGUGGGUUGACGCGAUCGUUGAUGGAUUCAAGGACUAUUACAAGGAGAUCACCGACUACUACUACACCGCUCUUGGCUUCAUGAACAAGGGAGAUAAGCAAGAGCUUUACAAGACCGUCUACAUUCCGGCCAGGGACAAGUACUUCGGCAACUUGGAGGAGCGUCUGGAGAAAAAUGGCACUGGUUUCUUGGUCGGAGACUCGGUGACAUGGGCCGAUCUGGUCGUUGCCGAUCAUAUGACAACUAUCCUGCUCCAUCAUGCUGAUGCCUUCGACAACUUCCCCAAAGUACAAGCCUUGAAGAAGCGUGUGGACGAGAUCCCGCAGAUUGCCGCUUGGAUCAAGGAACGCCCCAACACCCCAUUC